AUGGAGAAGCAAGUACUCAUGUAUACCUUCGUGAUUCUGCUUUCUUUGCAACUAUGCCGAGCUGGAGAAAGUGAAUGUGGCAAGGCUUGUCCGCACAUCCUGGAUCCGGUGUGUGCCACCGAUGGACGAUCCUUCAAAUAUUUCUCCAAUCGGUGCUUGCUGGAAGGACACAAUCAGUGUGAACAGGCCAACAGAUACCGAGAAGUGGAUGAAACCAACUGCUCAGACGAUGAUUGGCAAAAGUAG